AGCUACGAAAGUUUCCACUGGACUCAUGUGUGCUCUACUGGAAGCUAUGCAAUCGGUGGGACAUUCCUUACUCAGGACUAUUCCAUUGGAUUAUAUUUGAAAAACCAACAAGGAGUCAGUGUUGGACCGAUGCAAGAACUGAUAGUGUAUUGUAACCUCGGGGAAGUCCGGAUACUUAAAUAAUAAAAUGUCAUGGCUCUGAAAGAAGAUCGCUUGGCAAAACAAAGUUAUCCUCUACUUCUAUAUAGAACAGUAUAACAUGGUCCUAAUCCUUUCUCUACUCGGAGAACUUUGAUCACAUCGGCAAACAUUGAACUUAAAGAAGUGUGCAUUGAAGUCCUACUCGCAGCAAGAAGUUUUACAUCUCACCAGAGCCAAACAUUCGCCUCAAAGAGUAUUUGUAAGAAGACAUGUUGUCUUAAGUCAUGCAAGACCAUGACACACGUCUUAACGUCUUACAAGCUCAUCGCAACAAGCCAACAUAACUUACCUCUGCCUGGAUCAUCCCUCUUUUUGUUAUUGGUUAGUCCUAUAAUAUUUUUGAACACCAUUUGUUAAUGAUUUUAUUUUUUCAUUUCUCCACCUGUAGAGAGGAUAAGCUUUAUAGUGUUUUUAUCUUCCAAACUGCAGAACGCAAUCUUGGUUUUAGAGGAUAUAAAUAAAUGUGAUAUAUUUCUCAUUCUUACGGAUAUAGAUAAAACAUUACAUACAUCUGUUUUGUUAACUCUGAUUUGACUUUGUCUGUGAUAGAAACUGUGGAUGCAACAGUUCCGAUAUCCACUCAUUUGAUAGUCAAUAUUUUAGUUCCGUGACAUUUUCUAGACAUUAUCUGUGAUAUAUUUGAUUCAAAAACACGUUUAUGUACAUUUCUUUACUUGAUUUUUAUCUAGAUUCUGCUUUGACAAAUAAUAAAUUAUAAAGUUUCAAUACUUUUAAAAUACACAAAGAGUUAUGUCUGCUAGAGGAACUAGUUAGAUAAUAUUAGCACACAAAUCUGAUUGACGGAUUGGUUGCUCAAUCAAACAGAGAAGAAUGCCUCAAGGCAAAGAGCUUCACUGGGACAUAACUCUUGUACUCUCUGGAAUUCACCAUUUGUAGCCAGCUACCACGUCCAGUAAUGAAAUUACCUCACAGUAAAGGCUUUUCAACAUCACCUUAAGAGUUCAACUCUUGACCAUUCUUCGACCCCAUGGCUCCACGAAUCAUGACCCAACCAAAAGUGGCGUACUACAACUCAUGACCCAAAUCUCAACCUAACGGGUUAUUCAGACUUUAAGCAGGUCAUAAUAACUCUAUCAAGCAUUAGCCUCUUAACAAAAAUCGAUAUUCAAUUCACACACAAUCUUUUAUCCGAUGUUUAUGCUGGCUCGUGAAUUAAACAUUUUUCUGUGGAUAUAGUGGAUUGGAUACAUCACGGAUAUAUAAAUAAAAAAAAAUCAUGAUAACAAAAUGAUAUUCUUUGGUAUACAUUUUUGAAAGUCUUGAAAGGGAGAAUUUCCGUUGAGCUCUCCAUUAAGAAAUAAUGUAUUCCAGAACAGUUAGUGAAGUCUUUGCAGGUCGCACGAACAAUGGCUUUGUUUUCGUGGAAAUCGAGGUUCUAGCAACUUUUUAGAGUGUAUCCCUCUUUAGACACCAUCAUCCCGACCAAUGCCUGAAGAAGCCAACUUGGCCACCACCAAUAGGCCCUCGUGGAUGACGCAAAACUUCAUGACAGCGUUUGCCAGGUCAUGCGAGUAUCGGCGACCAUGCUGGGGCAACUAGCCCUGUCCUUCCUUUUGGCCUGUCUCAUUCCGAGCGUUCUAUGUCCACCUCCUGCCUACCAGCACGCCCUUCCGGACUCCACCGACCACGCGGUCCAGCCAGAGGUCCGCCUGGACGUCAUCGAACCGGAGAAGUUAUCCAGCCCGUACACCAGCAAGGCGUCGCCUCGGCAGCCCCCGCCCUCACCGGCCAAACCAACGAUCAACAUCACCGCUAUAUUCGAAGAGGAAGACAUGGAUGAUUUUGUCCCGGAGUUUGAGAGGGCUCUCAGGGACAUCGUCGGGCACAACAACUCCCUCUUCAGCUGGAGCGGCAAAGCCUUGGUGGCGUACCGCGACGUGAAGAAGAUGGUGUCGAUGCUCUGCGCACACUUUCAAGGGGACAGAAGCCACGUCCGGCUGAUCAUCGUCUUUGGUCGAAAUGCGACCAUCCAGACCAUUAACAUCGUGUCUGAGGCGCUGGGGAUUCCUGUGUUGGGAUACGUCAUUCAAAGAGGUGAUGGCUACAUGCAGUUUCAUAACCCCCUGUUCCUAAGUCUACAGCCAUCAAAACGUAUUUUAGCCAGAGGGCUGGUCAAUCUUUUGUCAGUCAACUUUUGGUUCCGACUGACCAUGAUAACACAGGAAGAACUCAGGCAUGAUGGCUUUCACGGAACAUUCCGAGAUCUGACACAAGACGGAAAGUGGACCAUCGAGGACGAGGUCUACAUCCAUGAAGGCAUCACCGACAGUGAGCUGAACAGCAGCAUCAGCUCCCUCAGCGGGAACACGUCCAGGAUCUUCGUGCUGCACGCCACGGCCGCCCUGACCCACAGGAUAUUCCUCACGGCCAAGCGGGUCUUGCCCAGGCACAAUCGUUUCGCUUGGAUUAUCACGGAGAACGCCUACACCCGUAACGAGGACAUGCUGCUGGACUUUCCCCUGGGGACCAAAGCGUUCUUGGUCAACCCGGACGUGCACCUGAAGGAACUCCUGGCCGACAUUAUGGAGUUUGUCAUGGAGUCAUCCGUGGCCCUGUACGUGGCUACUCCUUUUAUAGCCAGGAGUAAAGGUAGAAGCUGCUGGUCAGCUAAGUCUGAGACAAUAUACCCCAGCCAGGAUCCUGUUUAUAGUGCCUUGGUACGUACUAACAUGUACGGUCUGACUGGCCAGGUGGCCUUUGACGACGACGGCUUUUUGAACAUUAGCAAGUUUCACGUGAGAAAUUUGGUCUACGAUGGACGCCAGAGUGUGUGGCAGGACAUUGGCUGUGUCCAGGGUAAGGAAGUGAGACCAUUUGGUAUCAUUUGGCCAGGAGACGCCAAAAGUCUUAAGGCCGAGACAGAAGGCAAGAAGCGUUAUAAGGUGGUGACCAAUCCCGUCCAGCCUUUUGUCAUGACCGAGGCUCCUCACGCGGACUACGGCACUUGCUUGAGCGACACUCCGUGCCUUAACCUGACCAACAAGGUCAAAUCCCAGGAGGUCGUGUGGCAGGCCAUCGAGGCCUAUGAGAACGGUUCCACCGCCGAGAGCGGUCUCUUCGUCAUCCAGUGCUGCAGGGGGCUGACCAUCGAUCUUCUGAACAAGCUGGCCUCGGACCUGGAUUUUGAGUUCACGCUGUACAUAGUGCAGGACGAGACCUACGGACAGCGCUCUUCCAAUGGCACCUGGUCAGGCAUCAUGCGCGACCUUACGGACAACACCGCUCACUUCGCCGUGGCCGCCUUCUCCAUCACCAAUCAAAGAGAGGUGGCCAUUGACUUCACGGACCCAUACUUCUUCUCCGGGUUCUCAAUCAUCUACUCGGACAGGACUAGAGAAACCAGCAUGUUGGCGUUUCUGGAACCCUUCUCCACCAAAGUCUGGUUCGCAAUCCUCGUCUCGGCUCACAUCACCGCUGUCUGUAUGGCGCUCUUCGAGUGGAACUCGCCCUUCGGCCUCAACCCAUGGGGGAGGAAGCGAAACAAAAAUUACUCCCUGGCCUCGGGGCUGACCAUGGUGUUCUCGGUUCUCUUCGGCCACACGGUCAAGACCAAAUCACCAAAAGCGUGGCCUUCCAAAGUGAUGCAAAACUUCUGGGCGUUCGCCGCCAUAUUUAUUAUCGCCAGUUACACAGCUAACCUAGCGGCCUUUAUAGCUGGCAAACAUGCCGGGAUUAACUAUUAUGAUAUACAGGAUCCACGGCUUCAAGACAUUCGGAUUGGCUUGUUACCAGGCUCUGCGGUACACGAUUCAUUAAAAAAUGGAGGCAGCAAACUCGUGUCCGUGGCUGACCGCUACCCUGUGCCUAAGACGGAUGAAGGUAUAGACUGGGUGAUAAAAGGCAAGUUGGACGCUCUACUGGGCGAUUACCCAAUCUUGGACUACGCUCGGGCCCACCUGGCACCAUCGUGUGAGCUCAAGUUAAUCUCCAAGAUUUUUGGGGAUGACAAAUAUGGUUUGGGACUCCCCCGAGAAUCCCCUCUCAAGGCAGCUCUGUCCAAGAAAAUCUCUGAAUACCAUAGGACUGGAUUUAUCGAUGAUCUGACCGAUGUCCACUUCGCUGAUGCACAUUGCUUCAAAAGGAAAAUUUCUCAGGAGGACUCGCAGCUAGAGGUCACUCAUCACGCAGGUCUGUUCGUCAUGUUAUGUGUUGGGUUUGGUGUCGGCGCCCUGGUUCUGGUGCUGGAGCACAUUGUGUACAAGUUCCUGGUGCCCUACAUCCGCCAGUGCCCAGAAGAAAGUACCUGGAGGAGUGUCCAUCUAAUGUUCUUCAGUCAGAGGCUCCAGAGGACGAUCGCUAGUGCUGAGCUGGUGUCUAUCAACCAGUCUGCCAAGGAAAUGAUGGGUAUCUUCAAGAGCAGAGACUUCGCCAGGCUGUUUCAGAAGAGCACUAUACGGAGGAACAGAUUGGCAGACAUUGCCAAGACCAAGAGGCUCAACAGAAACUUUUGUGACAUAGUGGAGAAAGCGAAAUGGUUAAAAGAGAUGAAAGACUCGGGAUUGACGGAUGAUGAUACACUUUCCACUCCCACCAUCAUUGAGAUCCCACUCAAGCAGCUCACGGUGAACGUGGAACUGGGCAACUCUUGUUUGAAACUGGAUCACAUCGAUUCGCCACCUAGCUUCAGGAAAGUGUCGGCGCCUAAGGACUCAAGUGGGGAGUCCUCGUCGGCAGAGUCGGAUGAUAGCCUUCUUGGGGCUAGCAGAGGAGUCUCGGACAGAAGUCUUCCAAACGCAGCCUUGUCGGGAAUGGCGUCGCCCCCAGAGGCGCACAGAACGUCGUCGAGGAGAUCGCAGAAAGCCAGAGAGGCGUACCGCAGGCAGAGGUACCGGAAGUACAGCAAAGCUGCCACAGCGUCUUCGCCUGACUUGGACUUGUCGCCCAGCUUUGGCGUGGAAGGCGCCGUUUCCACCGAAACUGACAGCGGACGUCAUAGGAGCCUGUCCGUUGACUGUACCUGUCCACCCAUGCUGGGACUGGACUCCCCGCCCAAUAACAAGCGUCACAGGCGUUCUCCGGGCUCAGCCCUCCCGUCAGCUUCAUUCGUCAACGAAUUGUCUCCGCCUUGCAAAUCAAAGCAUCAGAAAGAAUCCUGGGACUCUGAUAGGAGCCGAUUUACUUCGUCAAAAUCCAACCGUAACGAGAAAGAGUCCGGAGAUCCUUCCGUCUUUGCGGAAAGCUGCGAUCUGCGAUUAACCGACGAUGACGACGGCGACUCGCUCCAUGACUCCUCGAUCUCUCCGGUGCUGGACGUUUGCUCCAACCUGCUGAAGCAGAAGACGGGCGACCAGCACAACCUAGUGGACCACACCGAGUGCCGCUGCGAUCAGAAAGCCUUACUGCCCAAGACCAGCAAUAUUAGCGUGUCUUUGCUGCACAAGACGCGUUCCUACCAAGACCACCUCUGCUCCUUGGCCGAGGCGUCCAGAGCGGAGGACUCCCCGUAUCACUUCUCGCUGGACAAUGUCACAAAAGAGGAGCUCCUAGUGCUGUGGAAGUCUUCUGAAAUAGAGCUGAGCAGACGGCUGGAGAUAGCACUCAAGGAGAAAGCCAAGCUGGAGAGACGGUUAGCUAUGUUACAAAAACAUUCCCCUGUAUGACGGUACCUAUAAAUAGCGUACUUCUGAUUAACCUACUUUCUAUGUUUUGAUGUGGCGGCUACUAUAUAAGAAAAAAUGCAAAUGAAUUUAAAUUUUAUAACAAAAGGGUCAGGAGGGAAUCGGCCAAGAUGUUAAAGAAAGACUACUCUACAUGGAAAAUGGUCUCGCAGGUCUCGGCUCGGCUAAAUCGAUUCUCUCAAAAUAUAUUGAUCUUGAAAUUUUACUUUAUCACAUUCAUUGACUGAAUUUAAAAAAAAAAAAAUCGAUAUUUUUUAUUGAUCGUUGUCCAAAAGAAUCUGGCAACUGUCAAAAAUCAAGAUUUAAAAAAAAAUUCUUAUUCUGACAAAUAUUUUCUUUUUUUUUUUAUACUCUAACUGGCAACUUGUUGGUCUGACUUUGGUCUCUUUCUGACCACUUCUGGUCUCCACUGCUUGGUACCUAAAAGUAUUUAAUUCCAUGUUUACCUCUGACCUAUAAUGUCAAAGGUCAUCGACGCACAAUAAUUUUAAUUACUUUUUUAUUGCUUUUGUUUUUCAGUAGGUAUCGAAAUGUGUCAAUGUUUUUAAUCUUAUUUAGUAUUCAAUCCGUUAGAAAGUACGUUUCUAAGCAGCGUAGUUGCCCUGGUCAUCAUACGACAACAGCAACUUUUUAGUUCAGUCUUCAUCACAAGAGCGAUGUGUGCAUUAUGCUGUUGUUACAUCGCUGUCUACUUUUGAUUAGUCAUAAUCAACAUCGGAGAGUCAUUUAGGCAGUUUUUCACUACGGGGGGCGCGCGCGUUGGCUGAGUGGUUAAGUGAUUGGCUUCCAAACACGUACUCCUGGGUUUGAAUCUCGGUGAAGACUGGGAUUUUGAAUUUUGGGAAAGUCGUUGUGCAGGCCAAAUGUCAUCCUGCUCGUAAAUUGUUGGCCAAAGAAACAAAUGAGCUUUACAUCAUUUCCCCUAUAGAUCGAACUUUACUUUGUUUAACUUUACUUUACACUCCGUAGGCUUACUGUUGAAAUAACCUUUACCAUUUCUUGUAAAUGGGAAAAUCUUACAACUUUGAAGCCGGCUUAAUAUGCAAGAGUGAUUGAACUUGUAAGAUGACAUUUACACACACACAUACAAAUUACUGAAUAUAAAUUCUAACAAGCAAGUACGUGGAUUUGGAUGUUUUUUUUCUAAACAAUUUUUGUGAUAUUUCUUUGUUGUUGUUGUUUUUCUGUCUUUGACCUAAGGUCAAAGUUCAACUGUAAAUAUUGAAAUAUUAUUUUUUUCCACCUCUGUAAAUAUUCUUUUUACUUUAAUCAAAUAGUCAAUAUAGAGAUUGAAAUUAAUUCAGUUUUUGUGUUCAAAAUGUAUAAUAAAAAUA